CAUUGACCCUCCCACAUAUUUACAUUUAACUUAAAAAUUAAAAUAAAAAUUAAAUUAAAUUUCUGUGUUAAUUACUCACUCUCUCCUGUGUAGCUGAGACGCCACAGUCUCCGGCGGCGACAUCCCGGAGGACGCAGAUGCAAGUUUUGUGGCUUGUAGAUGGAUAAUGAAGUUAGUCAUCGUCAGCCUAAGCAAGAACGUUCGAGGACUCGGUGGACAGCAUCCCUCGAUAAGACAUUCGCAGACUUGGUUGUGAAGCAGAUUCAGUUGGGAAACAGACCGAACAGUGUGUUCGACAAGAAAACCUGGAACAUUAUUCGCGAUGAGUUCAACAAGCAAACGGAUCUCAACUUCAACAACAAUCAGUUGAGGAAGCACUUGGAUGUUCUGAGGACACGAUUUUACAACCUCAAGUCGGCUUAUGAUCAAACGAAUGACUUCACUCUGGAUGAUUCUUGCUGUAUCGAGUUUGAGCAUCUGUGGGAGGACCUCGGGGUGCAGACUAAACCUGAGACAAUUAAAGUCAAGGACUGUCCGAUAUAUGAUCAGCUGUGCACGAUAUUCGCAGACUCUGCAGCCGAUGGGAAGUAUGCUCAGUCUAGUCACUACGAGGGAUCGGACAAGUCUGCCGGAAUAGACAGUGCAGGUUUGAUUUCCUGUCCCGACAGUGAAGCCCCUCAUUCUGAAAUCCCAUCAUCCUCAGAGCCUGUGCAAGGCAAAGCGUCAACAGCAGAAAAGGUGGCCAAGGUUAUAGUGGAUAGGAAAAGGAAACGUCCAUCCGAGGCAGAGUCUUCCGAGGGUCAAAGCAGAAGGGAUCAAGAAAUAUGUGAUACAAUGGCACAAGCCCUUUCGGAGAUGAUUGCUGCGUCAAAGUUGAGGAGAGCGGCGGCAAUGCCUAGAGAUGACAGAUUUUCCAUUACCAAUUGUAUCAGAGCACUGGAUGAGAUACAAGGCAUUGAAGAAGAACUCUACUUUCCCGCGCUAGACCUGUUCGAGGACCCUAAUUUGAGAGAGACAUUCAUCUGUUUGAAAGGCGAUCAGAUAAGGUUGCCUUGGUUGCGAGGGAAGUGCAGUAAAACUACGCAUGGUUAGAUAUUUAGGAUGAACUCAUAGCACAUGUUCAUAAUAUGGCUUUUCUGUCAGUGAAAGUUUAUAGAUAUUUCAUCUCAA